AUGUUUCCUGAUCGAAUGGACAAACUGGUUCUGGACGGCGUCCUGAAUGCACAUCAGUAUUACAAUGGAUAUGAGACAGAACAGGUUGCAGCUGUGGAUGGGACCUUCGAAGGUUUCUUAGCCGGUUGCGUCGCGGCACCCGACAACUGCGCUCUAGCCAGCGGGAACAAGACCGUCGCCGAUUUGAAAGUUGCCAUGUCCGAUCUCUUUGACACCCUCAAAUGGAACCCCAUACCAUUCAACGGAACUAUUGUCGAUUACUCAUCUGUUAGGACUACAAUCUACUCAACGCUUUAUGUCCCGCCAUAUUGGCCACGUCUAUCCAACUGUCUCAAUGACCUUCUAAAUGGGGACCCGGCGGCGUUUGUCCAGUAUGCAGCUGAAAGAGCAGCAGGUGAGGGUGAGCAGGACCAAGCCUUUUCUGGCAUCAGAUGCGGCGACAAGUCGGUGAGAGCCUCUAGCGCGUCUGAGCUUGUUCCCGUGUAUGACGAACUCGGCCGUAGGAGCAAGUGGCUUGGUGACGCGGUGUCGAACAUGUUUCAGGACUGUGCGCAAUGGCGAUUCCAGGCCAAGGAGCGGUACGAGGGAGACUUCAGCAACAUCCGAACGAAAACCCCUCUCCUGUUCAUAGGGAACAGCUUUGAUCCCUCCACCCCUCUCGUCUCGGCGCAGAAUAUGAGCACGGGCUUUCAAGACAGCAUCGUACUUCAGCACAAUGGCUAUGGCCAUUUGUCUUUAUUGCAGCCCUCAAACUGUACGAAAGAAGUUAUUGGGAAGUACUUCGUCGAGGGCACCCUUCUUGAGCCCGGAACUGUUUGCGAGCCUAACGCGCCGCUAUUCGCCACGGCAGGAUAA